AUGCGUGGCAUCCAGAUUAAAGAGUACCUCAAGAGCCCUGAUCAGCUCGUGGUAUCAGACCUCCCCGAUCCCGCCCCCAAAGACGACGCCUACCUCAUCCAGGUCCACGCCGCCGCCGCCAACUUCUUUGACAUUCUUCAGAUCCAGGGCAAAUACCAGAACCAGCCUCCCUUCCCCUGGGUUGCUGGCGCCGAGUUUGCAGGAACCGUCAUCUCCGCCCCUCGCAACAAUCCCAACCCCAAGUUCCCGCCUGGCUCCCGCGUCUUUGGCGCUUCGCAAGGUGCUUUUGCGACCAAGCUCUGCGCCCCUGAGGAGUCCCUUCUUCCCGUUCCAGAUGGAUGGUCAUUUCAAGAGGCGGCGGGUCUGUUUGUCACGGCACCGACGAGCUAUGGCGCCCUGGUCGUGAGAGCAGGCGUCAAGAAGGGUGAUUACGUGCUCGUCCAUGCCGCUGCUGGAGGUGUUGGUCUCGCAGCCGUACAAGUCGCCAAGGCCUUUGGAGCAACCGUCAUUGCCACAGCCUCAACCCAGCACAAGCUCGACAUUGCCAAGUCCUUCGGCGCCGACCACGUCGUCUCCUACAACGACCCCUCGUGGCCCGCCAAGGUCAAGGCCCUGACACCCAAGUCCCGUGGCGUCGACAUUGUCUACGACCCCGUGGGCCUCGUCGACCUCUCGACAAAGUGCACCGCCUGGAACGGUCGCAUUCUCAUUAUUGGCUUCGCCGCCGGCAAGAUUGAAAAGGUGGCCAUGAACAAGGUCCUGCUCAAGAACAUCUCUCUUGUUGGCCUGCACUGGGGCGCCUACUCGAUCCACGAGAGGGAAAUGAUACCCAAGGUCUGGCAGGGCAUCAUGGACCUCGUUAAGGAGGGUAAGCUGAGAGGUACCGAGUAUACAGACCAAGAGUUUGUAGGUUUGGAGAACAUUGGCCCUGCCUUGAAGGCUCUAGGAGGACGCGGCACCUGGGGCAAGGUCGUCGUCAAGAUACCCGAAGAGGGACAGAGCAAGCUGUAG